GUAGAAAGAGGCGGAGGAACCUGCUGCUGCUGAGAACGGCGGGGAGGGAAAGUCAUCACCUGGCAACGAUUAACUGCUGAAGUACUGAUCGAAUUCUGCUCUUCUUCAAUGAGGAACUACCGGCUGAUCUUCUGCCAUAAUCUCAAACAACCGUAAAUGACAAAAGAAUGCUUGGUCAGUGAGGGCAGCUGGCGUAGAAAAUAUUUUUUAAACUUGGGUGUUUAAGUACUGUGAGAAAAGACAGCUUUGAUUUUUGGCUGCAAAAAGAUAUGAGGAAGAGCUCCUCCCCUUCCUUGAGUAACUGCAACUCUGUUCUAGCUAACAAAAUAUUUGGAAUUCCACUUGAUGAGCUGCAGCAAGAAGGGCAACCAGACAAUGAGGUUCCAUUCAUAGUCCGCCACGUUGUGGACUAUAUUGAGGAACAUGGAGGUCUGGAACAAGAAGGACUUUUUCAAGUCAAUGGGAAUGCUGAGACAGUGGAGUGGCUUCGGAAAAGAUAUGAUAAUGGAGAAGACGUGGACUUGGUUAAAGAAGCAGAUGUACCCUCAGCUAUUAGCCUUCUUAGAUUUUUUCUUCAAGAACUUCCAGAGCCGGUGAUCCCAGGCAGCUUGCAUAUUCAUUUGAUGCAACUUUCUCAAGAUUAUAAUAACGAAGAUGAAUUUGGAAGAAAGUUGAGGUUCCUCUUGCAGCAGCUUCCGCCUGUUAAUUACAGUUUGUUAAAGUUUCUGUGUAGAUUUUUAGCCAAUGUAGCAUCGCAUCAUGAAGAAAUUUGGUCUGCGAGUUCUUUGGCUGCUGUCUUUGGUCCAGAUGUUUUCCACAUUUACACAGAUGUGGAGGAUCUGAAAGAGCAAGAAAUAGUUAGCAGAAUAAUGGCGGGACUUCUGGAGAACUACUAUGAAUUCUUUGAAAAUGAAGAGGAAGAUUUUUCAUCUACUAAUGAUUUAAGUUCAAUAACUGAGCAGAUAAAUGAGCUCUUGGAGGAGGAGGAAGAGGAUAUAAAGCUUGAGCAAACUGAAGAACUUCCAGAAGAUAGCACAGAGAAACCUGAGGAAAGGCCAGAUAUGGUACAUGAUAUGACAGAGAGCAUCUUGGACUCCAGCAGUGUUACAGCAUCAACGAGUGCUCAUCUCUCUCCCAUAAGCAUCUUGCCAGCCUCUGCAGACAUUUUAGAAAGAACAAUUAGAGCAGCUGUGGAGCAGCACCUUUUCGAUCUGCAGAGCAGCAUAGAUGAUGAUCUUAAGAAUUUACAGCAACACAGACUGGUCUGUAACAAUGAAGCAAAAAAUAUUAAUAGGGAUGAGGAAGGAUCUAACAACCAGGAUGAUGUUACUAAAGAUAAUGAUAUUAAUAGCAGUGAGAAUACUAGAGACUGCUUUGAAACGUUGGCUUGCACUGAUUUAGACAGUGCAGUUAUACAGCCUGAUUCUGUAUAUGAGGAAGAAGAAAAUGACCAGACUGUUGGCAUAUUGUUGAAGCCAUGUAAUGAAGAUGCAGAAGUUGAUGAAGAAAACAACAGUGAAAGGCAAGAUUGUGAAUCAGUCGAUGAUAAUGAUAAAAUGUCUUCACAAUUGGUUCUGGAUUCUGGUAGCAAGAUUUGUGACCUGAAUGCAAACACUGAAUCAGAAAUAUCAGGAGAUGGAAGUGUUAAUGUUCCUGAGGAAUUAACAUGUAUCCAAGUACCACAUCUAGAUCUGAAGAAUGUAUCUGAUGGUGACAAAUGGGAAGCGUCAUGCCCUAUCACUUUCCCCCUCAUUGAUUUCAAAACAAUGCAUCUGCAGAGAGAAGGGGAGGAGCCAUUUCCUGCCUUUAAAUCUUGGCAGGAGGACAGUGAAUCUGGAGAAGCCCAGCUUUCCCCACAAGCUGGAAGAAUGAAUAGUCAUCCUUUGGAGGACUGUCAUCCAGUGUUGUCGCAUCGUAGUUUGGAUUUUGGACAAAGCCAGCGUUUCUUGCAUGAUCCAGAAACAUUAGACUCCUCAUCAAAAGCACUUUCUUUUGUUAGAACACGAAGAGCAUCCUUUAGUUCAAAAGAUGACAGAAGGGAAGACAGGACACCCUAUCAGCUGGUCAAGAAGUUGCAGAAAAAAAUAAGACAAUUUGAGGAACAAUUUGAAAAGGACAAAAAUAGUAAACCCUCCUAUAGUGAUAUUGCAGCCAAUCCAAAGGUUUUAAAGUGGAUGACAGAGCUUACCAAACUGAGAAAACAAAUAAAAGAUGAAAAGCACAAAUGCUCAGAUGGAGAAUUCAUACCUCAAACACGUCCACGAAGUAACACUCUUCCAAAAAGCUUUGGCUCGUCUCUUGACCAUGAAGAUGAAGAAAAUGAAGAUGAGCCCCGGGUUAUGCAGAAAGAGAAGAAGCCUACCAAGGAGGCUACGCUUGAACUCAUUUUGAAAAGACUGAAGGAGAAACGAGUUGAAAGAUGCUUGCCAGAAGACAUAAAAAAAAUGACAAAAGACCAUUUGGCAGAAGAGAAAACAUCUCUCCAAAAAAGUCUUCUGUACUAUGAAAGUCAACAUGGACGGCCGGUUACUAGAGAAGAAAGGCAUGUUGUUAAACCUCUCUAUGACAGAUACAGACUUGUGAAACAAAUGUUGACUAGAGCAAGCAUUACUCCCAUCCUUGGGUCACCAUCAACUAAGAGGCGGAGUCAGAUGUUACAGCCCAUUAUAGAAGGGGAAACUGCCCACUUCUUUGAAGAAAUUAAGGAAGAAGAGGAGGAUGUUGAUAGUUUGUCAUCAGAAUUUAAUGAUCUCUUAAAAACUGCUGUCCAAACACAGUCUAUUUCAAGCCCAGCUGAAAAUUCGGAGUCUGAUCUUGAAGACAGUCAAGAAAAGCUGACUCGGGACCUCCGACUAUCAAGUAUCCGAGCAGCUUCUAUGCCUGAAUUAUUAGAGCAACUUUGGAAAGCCAGAGCUGAAAAAAAGAAGUUACGCAAAACUUUACGAGAAUUUGAAGAGGGGUUUUAUCAACAGAAUGGGAGGAAUGUACAGAAAGAAGAUCGGGCUCCAAUGCUUGAUGAGUACAGGGAGUACAAGAAAAUUAAGGCCAAGCUUAGGCUUUUAGAAGUCCUAAUCAGCAAACAAGAUUUUUCAAAAUCAAUAUAG